AGCGAGACCGACUAUUUUUUCUCGCUCUCUCUCCGAGGACGUCGGUCCUUCCGCUCCCCGCGUGCAGGCUCGGCGUGACCUCCAUCUUGCCGCAUGCAUCUCGGGAUUGACUUGUGCUCUCCUCCUCUUCUCCGCGCAUCCCUCCUGUGCUCCUCUUCUCCCCCUCAAGGCGUCAUGAAUUUGGAGCGGGUCUCCGAGGCUCCCCCGCGUCGCGACGCGCAGGUCCCGGCCUUCCACGUGCAGCCCAGGAGCGCCACCGCGUCCGGCGUCGGCCCGUCCGCCAGGACUUUGGACAACUCCAGCAGCGAGUCUUCGGACGCCGAGCUGGCAGAGAAAGAGCGAGCCGAGCACCGCAGGAGCGACGAGGCGAGCGCCGACGACCCCAAGAAGAAGAAGCAGCGCCGGCAGAGGACUCACUUCACCAGCCAGCAGCUGCAGGAGCUGGAGGCCACCUUCCAGAGGAACCGCUACCCGGACAUGAGCACCCGGGAGGAGAUCGCCGUCUGGACCAACCUGACCGAGGCCAGGGUCCGGGUGUGGUUCAAGAACCGGCGGGCCAAGUGGAGGAAGCGGGAGCGGAACCAGCAGAUGGACCUGUGCAAGAACGGCUACCUGCCGCAGUUCAGCGGGCUGAUGCAGCCCUACGAGGACGUGUACCCGGCCUACCCCUACAACAACUGGACCAACAAGGGCCUGGGCCCGGCGCCGCUGGCCGCCAAGAACUUCCCCUUCUUCAACUCCAUGGCUCCGCUGGCGUCCUCCCAGUCGGUGUCCGUGUUCUCCUCGUCGCCCGGCUCCAUCUCGUCCAUGAGCGUGGCGUCCGGCAUGGCCCACUCGGCGGUGCCGGCCAUGGCGGCCCCGGGCCUCAACAACAUCGGCAACCUGAACGGCAUCGGGAGCUCCGGCAUCAACUCGCCCAUGUCGUCGCCGGCCUGUCCCUACGGGCCCCCGGGCUCUCCGUACGGCGUCUACCGGGACGCUUGCAACCCGGGCCUGGCCACCCUCAGACUCAAGUCCAAGCAGCACCCGGCCUUCGGCUACGGCGGCCUGCAGGGUCCGGGAUCCGGCCUCAACGCUUGCCAGUACAACAGCUGACCCCCCGCGCAGCCGGAUCGCGUCUGAGCGGGACUGGACCCCCCCCCCCCCCCCGGGUUCGGGUCUUCUUCUUUUUCUCUCUGAAGACAAUGCGGAGGAUUAUGUUGCAAUGUUUGGAUCGUGCGGGUUUUCACGGGACUGAGGCCUCCUGGGACCCA